CAGGGAUGUAUGACGCAUAAUCCGCGCGACGCCGGUCACCAGGCCCCGCCCCUCGGGCGCUGAGGGGCCCUGCCCGGAGCCGGGAGGCUGAGAGGGUCGUGGUCAUGGCUCUGGCGCCUGCCAAUCAGCCGGAGGUGAUCCGCGCCGCUCAGAAAGAUGAGUAUUACCGGGUCAACCUGCGGAGCGCAGCCGGAGGCGCCCUUCACAGCCUGGCAGGCGCUAAGAAAUGGCUGGAAUGGAGGAAGGAGAUUGAGUUGCUGGCAGAUGUGGCCUACUUCACCCUCACCACGUUUUCAGGCUACCAGACUCUCGGUGAGGAAUACGUGAAUGUCAUCCAGGUGGACCCAUCCAAGAGCAGGGUCCCUUCGUGGCUUCGCCGAGCCGCCCUGGUCGGCCUGCACACGCUGGCACCCUAUGUGCUGGAGAAGGCCCUGGUCCAUCUGGAGCACGAGCUGCAGGUGGAAGGCGAGGGCACCCGGCACUCGCAGAGCGGCCUGGUGCCCGGCAUCCGAGGCAGGUCGGCCGUGCGGCGCUGGCUUCACAGACACGUCCGCCACCUGACCGAGACUCAGAAGAAGGUGCUCCUGCGCGUGGUGUACGUUUUCAAACAAAGCGUCAUCUGCCUCCACCGGCUGCAUCUGGCCGUGUUCUACAUGAACGGGGUCUUCUACCACCUGGCCAAAAGGCUCACGGGGGUCACCUACCUUCGCUGGGGACGAUCACGGUGUCCGCUGGAGCUAUGGGGUUCUGGGGAUGGUAUCCUUGAUGCACCUGCUGCUGUCGGUGGGCGUCCAGAUCUAUGGCUUCACUCAGAGGCAACAGGCCCGGAAGGAGUGGAAGCUUCACCGCAGCCUCUCCCGCCGCAAGAGCCUGGCAGAGGAGAAGUCUGCGGGCAGGAGCUCCAUGUGCACCCUGUGCCUGGAGGAGCGCCAGCGAGCCACGGCCACGCCCUGCGGUCACCUCUUCUGCUGGGAGUGCAUCACCGAGUGGUGCAACACCAAGACGGAAUGUCCCCUCUGCCGAGAAAAGUUUCAUCCGCAGAAACUGAUUUACCUGCGACAUUAUCGUUAGUCCUAGCAAACCCAGCUCAAAGAGCAACAGAAGAAAAGGAAAAAGCUCUCAAGAAUUAUGUUUUUAUUAAUGGACCAAAAGCAGAGUUCAUUUUAAUUUAUCCAGAAUCAUGAUGGUGACUUAACUUGCACUGUAAUUAUCAAGUUUGUUUUCGAAAUCACUGUAUAAGAUGCUUUGAUUGCUGCUCAGAUAUCGGGGAUGGCGUGGUGGGAUCCAAGGACAGGACUUCAGACAGGAAUGCAUGUACACACUGGAACAUACUCAGAAAAUUCACCCGGGGCCUCAGACACUGUUGCUAAAUGUAGGUAUGUCCAUCUUCCUUUCUAACUGGGCUGAGAUAACUGAGUUGACUAUUUUGGACAAAUAGUACUUCUUCUAACUUCCUUUCCUCCAAUUUCUGUGCUACUUGAAAAGUUUUUGAGAAGUCAGUAUUUUGCUUAUUCAGAAAAGGGUUCGCUGUGCUUAUCAAAAAAGCAGUGUUUUAGGUUGUCUUCCUUACCCACAGUAAUGCAUCAGAAACCAAAUUCUUUGGAAUUUACAUUCUAAGCAGUCAGUAAUAAAGGCCUGUGAAUAUAUUAUGGCAUAAUAAUUUCAGUAUCAGGUUUAUUCAUGAAUGAAUGAUUCAGGAAACUUGGUAAUUUAUCCAAGUACAAACAGUUCAGUUUCAAUAGUUGGCCACCAAACAAUGAAUUCCCCAAUUCACCUACUAGGGCUUGCUGGUGUGUUAACCCAAUCUCAUAUUUGGCACACACUUUUGAGAAAAAAGUCAGUUAUUCUCCCAUAAAACAAAACAACAAAACCCACCCUUCAGUCCACUGGAUAAACAUAUCUAUCUACUCUGCUACUAGAAAAACCAAUGCUCUGGCUGGUGAUUCAGUUCCUGCCUCUCGGGAUGUGCGACACUUGGAUGUGCUUUCCCUGCCAACAAGGUCAGGCCAACUCAUGAAGACAUUUGCGAGUCACACCCGUUGUCUUUUUCACCAACCACACAAUUUGACAGUAUUAAGUGGAAGGACCUUGACUGGAGCCCAGGCUAACCAGACCCACCUGCUAUCAGGCGUCAUAAAGAACACCCUCUACAAACCUCAGGUGACCCCUUCCUUUUGAUCCAUCAAAUCUCUACUUCACAAAUUCAUGAAUUGUUUCAAUCCAAAUAAAUCUAUGGAAAAAUAAAUCUUUUCAAUUCCACAAAUAGCAAUUAUAAUUGCUAUUCGUUGAAUAAUUUUUCUAACAUGAUAUUUUAAAGGUGCAACAGAAAAGUGUCUUAACUUUAAAUCUAGCAAAAAGAUUAUUCCUGUUACACCUUUAAAAACAUUCUAAGCAACCCCUCAGCAUGCUAGAAGCCUAAAAAGGUAAAAGGAGGCUCUUAAAACUAAGAUAAUUUUCGUUUCUUUCCAACACAAACUACUUCCCAAUUAACUUUUAAUAAAAGCUGCCUGCAACCACCCUUUAGUUUUGAAGACAACAGAACAGUUAAGUUUCUCUCCAAGCAGACUGAACCCAGUCUACAUUUGGAGUCAAGUAUAGUGGGUUACAGGACCAGAGAGGUUAUUAAUAUCAGUUAAACAGGGGGAUUCCUG